GAUGGCGGUGGUGGCGCCGGUGCUGGCGCUGCUGUCGGCCGUGCCCGCGCUGUGCCGCUGGCUCACCCGCCCGUACUACCCUCUGUCCGCGCUGCUCGCCGCCUCCUUCCUGCUCGUGCGGAAGCUGCCGCCGCUCUGCCGCGGGCUGCCCUCGCAGCGCGAGGAUGGGAACCCCUGUGACUUUGACUGGCGCGAGGUGGAGAUCCUCAUGUUCCUCAGCGCCAUCGUCAUGAUGAAGAACCGACGCUCCAUCACGGUGGAGCAGCACAUUGGGAACAUUUUCAUGUUCAGCAAGGUAGCAAAUGCCAUCCUCUUCUUCCGCCUCGACAUCCGGAUGGGUCUGCUCUAUCUCACACUCUGCAUCGUGUUCCUGAUGACCUGCAAGCCCCCGCUCUACAUGGGCCCUGAGUACAUCAAGUAUUUCAGUGACAAGACCAUAGAUGAGGAGCUGGACCGGGACAAGCGGGUGACCUGGAUCGUUGAGUUCUUCGCCAACUGGUCCAGCGAGUGCCAGUCAUUCGCCCCCAUCUUUGCUGACCUCUCUCUUAAGUACAACUGCUCAGGGCUGCACUUCGGGAAGGUGGAUGUUGGCCGGUACACGGACGUCAGCACCAGGUAUGGGUGGCAGGGCCAGUGCUGGGACAGAGUCCCCGGGAGCCCCCCACCUGCCUGGGGGUCACUGUUGGCCUCUCCCUGCUGCAGGUACAAGGUCAGCACCUCGCCCCUCACCAAGCAGCUGCCCACCCUCAUCCUCUUCCAGGGCGGGACAGAGACCAUGCGCCGGCCACAGAUCGAUAAGAAGGGCCGGGCCGUGUCCUGGACCUUCUCUGAGGAGAAUGUGAUCCGGGAGUUCAACCUCAAUGAGCUCUACCAGAAGGCCAAGAAGCAGGCAAAGCCGCGGGAGGAGGAGCCCCCCGGGGGGCAGGCACCCACCGGGCACCCCGAUGGUGAGACCAAGAAGGACAAGUAGAGGCUGCACUGUGCUGUCACCCAUCGCCUCCUCAUGCCACCCUGGUGGCACCAGUCCCGGGGCUGGGCCUGCCGCCACUUGCCGUGCAGGGAGCUCCCGGGGCCGCGGGGCAGACCCCGCCCGGUUAACGCGCAUCUCAUCGCUGACAAUAAACGGUUCGUGCCGCUGCC